AUGUCCUCCUCAAAACCCCACAUCGCACAAACCCUCCUCUCCCGCGCGCACUCCCCCGAUACUACCGACACCCUCUUCACAGAACGCAUCAAGCAAAAACCGCUCUACCUACGCGCAACAUCCCCAACCCCCGCCGACAACCGCUCGCGUCGCCGUCAGCACCGCAUCCGCAAGAAGGAAUAUUUCCUCCGCCACCAAAAACCGAAACCGCUCAGCGCGCGCGAGAAGCGAAAGUCCGGUCUCUACGAUCUCCCCAAGGAGGAGUGCAAGUAUGCGAUCUUCAGAGAGCUGAACCGUAUGUGGGUGGCUUAUAUGUGUGAGAUACUAGAUCUGGGACCCGGGGCUUGGAGGGCACAGAAUCCGGGUCAGAACCAGCAGAAGGGGCAGCAGCAGGGGCCGAGGCCGUUGGUGUCGGCGCUUUCGCAUGGGAGUAAGCUGGUCAGUGCGGAUUUCCAUGGGGCAGAGGUGGAAGUUGUUAGGAGUCGGUGCGCGGGGAGGGUUGGGAUAAAGGGGAUUGUGGUUCGCGAUACGAAGUUUACGUUUGUGGUUGUUACGGAGAAGGAUGAGGUCAAAACUGUUCCCAAGGAACAGACGGUGUUUCGAUUUACUGUGCCGUUACCGCAGGCGACAGCUACGGAGGAGAGCAAGGAUGCGACAGACGGCACAGAGGCAGAUGAAGAAACCAAGGAACUCGUUUUCGAACUCCAUGGCAGUCAGUUUGAGAAUCGACCGGUGGACAGAGCGAACAAGAAGUUCAAGUGGCGCAACGUGGAUUACCUUUGA